AUGUUACGGAAGAAGGCGAAAUCGACUUCCGGUGUCUUCGAGGAAGCGGAUAAAUUUCGUCGAGCUAUUUAUCUUAACACAAUUACUGUUGCUGUUUUGGGAGAUUCUGGUGUAGGGAAGAGCUCAAUCAUUCGUCAUAUCGUAGGGGAGGCAUUUAUUCACGAACACGUGCCUACAGUAGAAGAAUUCUACGUGAAGCAGAUGACCUACAGAAACAAAACCUGUGAGAUUCACAUCAUCGAUACAUCGGGAACCUACGAGUUUCCUGCUAUGAGGCGAAUCGCUAUCCAAAAAUCCGACGCUGCAAUAUUAGUGUAUUCUCUGGACAAGCCGGGGUCCUUCACAAAGCUGGAAAGACUCAUGGAUGAGAUAGAGAGCUGCUGUGCCGACAGAAAUCGUCGAAUUCCAGUCAUCAUCGUGUCUAACAAGACUGAUCUUCCUAAUUUGUCGGAGCCAACCUUUGUCACCACGAGUGGCGAGCGAGUUAGCGCCUGUGAUCAUCUGGAGGGGAAAUGGAAGUGCCAAUGGCUGCCAUCUUCGGCCAGAUUCAACCUCAAUAUAGAUGUGAUACUUCCUAAACUCUUGGAUAAACUGUCUCCAGAGAAAACAUUUCAGAGAAAUCACAGCCAUAUUUGGAAACGCAGAUUCCGUUCACGUUCAGAUAAAAGCUGA